CCUGCUGGGCUUUCCUGUGGGCUGGGGUGGCCCUCGCCACAGGGCAGGAUGUGGUGCCCGCCGAGGGUUCCUUUGUGAAUGGUGCGGAAGGCUGCUGAGCCAGCAGGCGCUGAGGCUUUGAGGCUGCGGGAUGUGGGACCGGAAGCGUCUGGAAAGGAAGUGGCUGUCAGGGUUUCCCCGCUGGAUGUCUUGGGCUGGGCCAGCCUUUCACCGCGGAGAGCCCAGCUGUCAGCUGCCUCACAGGAAGAUGCGGCGUGGACCGGGCGGCCCCGGCAGGGGUGUGCGCGUCGGCGCAGCCCUGGGCAUGCUGUGCCUCUGCCUCGCAGGAGCCUUGGACGUCCACGUGCCUGAGGACCCCGUGGUGGCCCUGGUGGGCGCCGACACCACCCUGCGCUGCUCCUUUUCCCCGGAUCCCGACUUCAGCCUUGCACAGCUCAACCUCACCUGGCAGGUGACCGACACCAAGCAGCUGGUGCACAGCUUCGCCGACGGCCGUGACCAGGGCAGCGCCUACGCCAACCGCACCGCGCUGUUCCCAGAGCUGCUGGCUGCUGCGGGUGGUGCUGGGCGUGAAUGGCACCUACAGCUGCCUGGUGCGCAACCGGGUGCUGCGGCAGGACGCGCACGGCUCGGUCACCGUCACGGGGCAGCCCGUGACAUUUCCUCCGGAGGCUCUGUGGGUGACCGUGGGGCUCUCUGUCUGUCUCCUGGUACUGCUGGUGGCCCUGGCCUUCGUGUGCUGGAGGAAGAUCAAGCAGAGCUGUGAGGAGGAGAACUCGGGGGCUGAGGACCAGGAUGGGGACGGUGAAGGCUCCAAGACCGCCCUGCGGCCUCUGAAACACUCGGAAAGCAAAGAAGGAGAAGCGGACGAUGGACAUGAAAUCGCCUGACCAGGAGCUGUGGCCCCUGCCCGGGGGCCCCACCCUCUGGCUGCAGUGGGGCCUCAGAGUGAGCCCUGCCCCCACCCACGGGUCCAGCUCCGCUCGCCUCCAGAGGAUGCGGUACACAGACCACCCUGUGGCCUUACUUCUCUUAGGGACACGAUGCCCAGUCAUCCUGCUGCCUUAUUUCUAACAGACACAGUACAUAGACCACACCACCGCCUGGUUCCUCCAAGCCACACAGAACGCCUGGCUGCCUUUUUUCUCCAAAGGACACAGCCUUCAGACGCACCCUGCCUUAUUUCUGCAAGACACACUGCACGGUCCCCUCCUGCGUUGUCUUCCCGGUGGCCCCGCGCACCAGUUCCCUUCUCUCAGCCCUUUCCUGACCUGCGUGGGAGCCAACUCCUCGGCAGCUCUGAGUCUGGAGGCUGCCUCCUCCGUUCCUGCCCUGUGGUUGGCCUUCCCACUGUGCCCAGGGACACUGGGCACCCUCCCUGCCGACUGCGCGUGCCGGGCCACGCGCCCCUCAUCUCCUCCAUGCCAGCUGCACCCACGGGAAGCAUGUGCCGGUCACACUCGUUCUCUGGGGGUCCGCAGAGGACAUUUUGGAGGGCAGCUUUUCACCCCCACACCAUCCCUCCACGUUACCCAGAGCCUGGGGUGGGGCAGAAACCUGGAGCACCUCGGCCACACUGGAGAAUCAGGAGGCUUCCAAAGGUCUCUCCAGGGUGAGCUGGUGAGCAGGUAGCCAGGACCCUCCAAACCUGUCCUUGCUGGCUGGAGCCCAGGGCAGGCUUUGGGGACAAAAGGGGACUGUCUCCCACCAUGGUGCUACUGGGGCCUGGGCAGACACCUCCUGGCUUGUCCGUGGCCAGCCCCCAGCCUCGGGAGAGUGGAGCUUCUGAGUCCUGUGUCUUUUGGCUUCUCUGGCACCCCAGGAACGAAUAUGCGAAGAUUUCUAAUUUAAAUGUGGGACUCUGUAUAUUGGGGGUGGAUCUGGGGAAAAUAAAUGCUUUUGUUAAAAGCUUCUC